UGUUGUGCACUGAACCAUACGACUUCAAAUGUCCUUCACAAGCUAGCUGGAAACUUCGAGCACAACUAAAGUGUAACAACACGAGGAAUUACUUUUGCUUGUUUAACAAUGUGGCAGGGAGAUAUGUUGAAGGAUGUAAUGGACCAGACUGGGAUAGAAAAGGAAGCAAGCGAAUUUAUGUCGGAGACUUUAGCAGAGACAAAUGUACAAACAAACGUUUUCAGCCAUUUUUAUUUUGGACCAAUGGAAGCAUGACUGCUUGUGUCUAUGAAAAAUCACAUUGCAAUGAGGAAGGACAAGUAAUAUACAGUGACAAUUCAACAAAGGAUGAUAGAGCAUGCCGGUGUGACUAUAAAAAGGGCUAUUCAUUCAUUAAAACACCGAGAAAUGUUUGUUACUGUAUACCAACAGAAGAAGAUUGCUCUUGCUAUGAUACAUCAUACUCAACUAACUCAACAAUAUCAGCAGAUGAUAGUUGCACCCAAAGUGGCAUAAAGGAAAACCCAAACUGUAUUGAUAUAACAAAAUUUAACAAAACCAUGCCAGAGAAAAAUGAAAAAGAACGAAUACUUAUAAGAAUAGAAAAUUCCAACUUCAGACGGAUUUACAAAACGGACACUACCAUAUUCACGAUAUUAGUUCUGCUUUGUUUCAUGACUAUAUUUGUUGCAGGAGGAUUUGUCUUUGCUCUAUUAUUUGAUGAAUGGACAAGCAAAAAGCUCCAACCAUUGGAAAUGUACUUUUGCAGAAAACAUAAAGCAGGAAAAGAACGACUAAACGUAGAAGAACUUCAGCCAAUAAAAAGGAGUGAAAUAACAGCAGACGAAAUGAACUUUUUGCGGAUAGUACAUCUUCUGGUCAGAGUGGCUUGUCCAGUUGUCCGCAGUAUUUUCAACAGUGAGAUCCAACCUAACCAGUUACGAAAAACACUUUAUAGGAACAAGCAAAAAAUUGUUAAACGGUACAGAAAGAAAGAUACAUUCAUCAAUGACUUUCAUUGGAGUAAAUUAUUUGCACCAGACAUAGGUACAAAGUAA